AUGGCUCGUAACCCAGAACCUCUAGCAAAGACCUCGGUCAUAAAGUUCAAGGACCAGGACUUUAAAUACUUGCAGGAUCGUUGCCUGAGCAGCGACCAGCUGUUUGAGGAUGAAACAUUCCCUGCCAUGGCUUCUUCCAUAGGCCUACAGCUGCUCCAGGAAAAAGGCCUCCCAGCCCUGAGAUGGAAAGACCCUACUCAGCAGCUGCUUUUGUUUGGUCCCCCUUACUUUAUCCUGGAAGGUGCAAGCAGAUUUGACAUCCAACAGGGACAAGCAGGAGACUGCUGGCUCCUGGCAGCGCUUGGCUUCUUGACACAGAACCCACAGUGUCUGCAGAAGAUCCUGCCUAGAGACCAAAGCUUUUCACACCAGUAUGCAGGGAUUUUCCAUUUCCAGUUCUGGCAGUGUGGACAAUGUGUGGAUGUGGUAGUCGAUGACCGCCUGCCUGUCCUGCACCAGCAGUACCUCUUCGUACAUCCUCGCAGAGACAACAAUGAGUUCUGGCCCUGCCUGCUGGAGAAAGCCUACGCCAAGCUGCACGGAUCCUAUUUCCACCUGCACGGUGGCUAUCUCCCUGAUGCCUUGGUGGACCUCACGGGAGGGGUGGUCACCAACACUGACCUGUACUCUUCCUCUUCCAACCUGGUGCUGGUGGUGAAGAAGGCUGUCCAGGCUGGCUGCCUGAUGGCCUGCACCACUCCAGUGGGGCCAACAGGCAAAGACAGUAUGAUGAGGAAUGGCCUGGUGAGCCGUCAUGCCUACACAGUGACAGGGGCCGGGCAGAUUCAAUACAGGAGGGGCUGGGAAGAAAUCAUCUGCCUGUGGAACCCCUGGGGCAAAACCGAAUGGAGAGGGCGCUGGAGUGAUGGGUCACAGGAAUGGCAGGAAACCUACAACCAUUGUAAAGACCAGCUGUAUAAGAACAAGGAAGAUGGAGAGUUCUGGAUUUCAUGUCAAGAUAUCCAAGAUAAUUUCUCCUGCCUGUAUGUAUGUAACCAGACUCCAAUCAGCCUGGACCAUGGAAACAUGUUCCCUGAAAGAUGGUCUGAAAUGAUAUUUAAGAACCAAGGGAUUCGAGGAAACCCUGCAGGUAGACCUCCGAGGGACUCUCAGUACUUCUUCUUUGUGCAAGAGCCCAUGGAAGGCAACAAUGUCAUCGUGUCCUUUACCAUCAUGCCUCAAAAUCUGAUGUCGACAGAUAAGGAAAUGCCACUAAACUUCCAGGUAUUCAAGGUAAAUCAGUUCCGGGAGAGAUUGCCACCCACGUUUUUUUCCCAGUUCAGAUAUGCUGCCCAGGGCACACAUUUAAAAACCAAGUACAACUUCACACAGUGCUUCCGUCUGAGCCCUGGGACCUAUGUUGUGGUUCCCUCGAUGCGCAGAGAAGCUCAGUUCUUGCUCCGAAUCUUCCUGAAAUUGCCAGACAUUGACAGGAACCUGGACAACAGUUUCAACCUCAGAGGACUGGAGGCCAGUCUUCCAGAAAGUGGCUUCCAACAAAGCAUUUUCCAGAGAUACGCUCAGCAGGGGCUGGACAUUGACGCCACCCAGCUUCAGAACCUGCUCAACCACGAACUUCUGAAAGGACCUCCAGGGGAUGCAUUCUCCUUGGAUGAGUGCCGGGGCAUCAUAGCUCUGAUGGAUCUGAAAGUGAAUGGACGACUCGACCAAGAGGAAUUUAAAAGGCUUUGGAAGCGCCUUGUCAACUGCCAGGAUGUUUUCCAGAACACUCAGAAGAGCUCUGGGGUUCUCCUAAGCUCAGAUCUGUGGAAGGCCAUAGAGAAUGCAGAUUUCCUUGCUGGGAUCUCCGUCAGCAGAGAGCUGAUGGAUCUCAUGAACCUCCGGUACAGCGACAGUGCUGGCAGGGUCAGCUUCCCAAGCCUGGUCUGCCUCCUGAUAUGACUUGAAGCCAUGGCAAAGGCUUUCCGUAAACUUUCCAAGGAUGGGAAAGGACUCUACCUGACAGAAAUGGAGGGAGCCCUGCGUGGUGUGGGGACAGGUGGCAGCACAGUGCCGUGGAUCCAGAACCCUCGCCCUCCUCAGUCUGUCACCUCCGAGAAGGUGUGGCACCCCGGAGGGACAGAGGCUGAGAGAUACAAUGGCUGGCAGCUCCUGGGCCCACAGAGCCCUUGA